GCAGGUAGCCAGCAUGGCCAGGAAGUGCACAUUUUUCCCAUUCCAAGCCACCCUGGCCCCGUGAUAUUUCACAACAGAUCUUGUGAAGUCUUGCCCUUGAUCUCUGGGGCACUGGGAGGACUCAGGAGGUUCUCAAGGCUUUGGAGAUGGGGAAGGCCGUCUCUAGCAAGUCCUUGAUGGUGUGUAAUCCCUACCUGGCCUGCUGCAGUCUGGGGAUCUUCUUUUCCUCCCAAGCUAGCCAUCAGCUAAUCCCUUCUGAGUGGUUGGUUGGCUGAUAGAGUUGUUUAUUGGCUGUGACUUACUUUUUAAAAAGAGAGCUCAAGGUUGCUGUCUUUCAGGAGACCUGAGCAGGACGGUCUUCCCUCCAUCCCAGCUUUUUGAGACUUUCUGCUUUCCUGCAGCCACACUGUGCUCCACCCCGACCCCAGGUUGGCCAUGGGACACCCCGCUGGCAGUGAGCCCCCCCUUGGUUUACAGGACAGUAACCUUUCCAACAUUUUGGCAUUAUGAUUUCCCGGAGGUGGGGGACUGAUCUACUCAAGGUCAGGACAGGAGCCCUGGUGACUCAAAUCUGCUUUCUCAUCAGUAGGUAACUCGACCUCUGGGGUCUGAGCGAAGGAAUGGGGGUAGGACUUGAAUUCCCCCUACCCUCCAUCUUUCCUUGCUGCCGGCCCAAGGAGGCACCCGGCUGCUUGUCCAACUCCAAGGGGCGCCCAGAAGGGACAAUGGAGGAGUAAGGAUCCACACCCCUCAGGUCCUGGAGGCUGCUCAUUUGCCUCCUGUUCCAGUGGCCCCCUGGGCCACCCGGCAGUAUUGAGCUUUGGCUCAGGGACAGCCUAGGAAUGCUUGCUUGUCUUGUGUCCUGCUUAGCCGGGCAGCACCCACCAGACACUGGGGUGGGGUCUGGAAGAGUUUUUCAGUUCUGAGGGAGGUGCUGUCUCUUGACUUCCUUUGCCAAGGGAGAGGAAAGGCCUUCGGGACCUGACCGUGGGUCUGGCUGGUUGGAUGCAUGGGCUGGAUUCCCACGCGUGGGUGUGGAGGCCUUUGGGACAAGAAAGAAUACCCCGGCAGGAGUCUGGGCGAUGGUCCCCGCUGGAGGAGCCUGGAGGCUGCGCGCAGGGUGGGAGCGAACGGCGCCUGGGAUCCGCCCCUCGGGCACCUCCCCUGUGCAGCCGGGCCCGCCCGCCUGCCGGCUAGGGCUCCCGCACAUCUGGCCCUCCCGCGCACAUCUGGGCAGCCGGCGCCACAGCAUGAACGGCUCACAGGCGGACGCUGCGGCCCCGGCCACCUGGCUGAGCUCCUGCUGCAACCAGUCGGGGGCGCCGCCGGAGCCCCCCGAGGGACCGCGCGUCGUGCAGGCGGCCGUGCUGGGCGUGCUGUCGCUGCUCGUGCUCUGCGGGGUCCUGUUCCUGGGCGGUGGCCUCCUCCUCCGCGCCCAGGGCCUGACGGCGAUGCUGGUCCGCGAGCGGCGCGCGUCCCGCGAGGCCGAGCCCGGCGGCGCCAGCGGAGGCGAGGACGACUCCUAGGCGUCCCUGCGCUCGAGGGUCGCGGCUUCCAGGCGGCCCAGGCCUGGGCGCCCGAAGGCUGCUGCGGAGCGCAGGUGCCGCGUCCUCCCCCCGACCCCCAGGCUGGCGCCCGCGCAGCACGACCCAUGCCACUGGGAGGCUGAACAAGACGCUGCCACAGAAACUCGGACCACCCAGGCCUUUGGCUUUGGCUUCCUCCUCUCCUUCUUGAAGCCGGUCCGUAGACAGGGAUUUGAGUAAGACUCCUCACCGCGGCCUCCCUUUGGAGGCAGAGAUGGGAGUGUGGGUCCUGUUUUAUGGCAGAGCCAGGGGCCUCGAUGAUUCUGGGGAAUGGGGAGGUGUGGUGGGUCCCCCCUCCCUCAGACCCUGUUCUGGCGUGGGGGUGGUGGUGGCAGUGGUGGCCCAGAGCAGGGAGCUCUGCGGUAUGUGUGGGAAGGUGGUGGAUGGCAGGGUUCCUGACAGCUGGGGGGCCUCAUGAGCACAUUGCUGUAGGAAGCUGGGGCUGAGGGUUCCCAGCUGUGGGGGCUCCAUCUGGCUCUCCUGCCUCUGUCUCUCCAAGGACAAGGACCAUCUGGAGGGAAGGGCCUGGGUGGCCUAAAGACAAGGUAAUUCCAGGCCAAGGCCACCUGGGGUGGAGCCACAGGGCUUGGGCAUUGUCUCUCCUCUGCAGUGUUGUACCCGUGGGGUCCCGGGGGGGCUUCUGUGGGGCUCUUCUUUGGGGAUGCCUCUGACCUGUGGCUUGCCAAGGGCAGAGGCAGGGUCCUAGCUUCCCUCUGAGAAGGGAGUCAGUGCACGUGAGCGGAGGCUGGUGAGGGAAAGGUGACGGCGUGGGCAGGGUGUAGCCGAGCAGCUGUGAAGCUGACGACGUGUGAUCCGUGCCCAGAGCAGCCCAGGGUUUAGCACUAAUCCCAGGGAGUUGUGCCACACUGGCCUUGCUGAGCUGCAGACUUCUCACCUCAGGGACACCACUGCCACCCCCUCGGAGAGAGGGCUGGCCAGGGCAGUGAGGGGCAUGUGCGUGUGACUGCUCCUGGCAUCAGGGCAGCAGGCCGGACCUGGGGGACACGGUCCACCUCCUUUGGCUGCGUGUCAGACGGGAGGUGAGAAUGCCCUCUUUUCUUGUAUCCAGGUUCAUUCGCCCGCUUGCCUGAUAACAUUCUGCUGGUUUUUGACCCUUUCUCCACCCUGUGCUCUUCUCUCCUGCCCCAGCGGGGAUAGAGGAAUUCCCAUAUCCACUGUGAACCCUUCAUUUUGCAAAUGGGGGCACUCAGAGAGAAGAAAGUGACAUGCUCCGGUGAAUGCCAGAGCGGAACCCAAGCCUGAGGCUCCUGAUUCCGAGCUCAGCGGGUGAGGGCGUCCCUGAGCGAGAAGGCCCCUCCUCAGAUUCUUGAGCCUUGCGUGGUCUGUCUCCUCCUGCUGCCUUUGAUCCCUGAGCGGUGCAGACAAGUCUGGGAGAAAGCUGGCUUGUGCUGAGGCCUCCACCUGCGAUCCUGGCACCCGGCCCCGCCUCUCAUUUGCUCUGUUCAGCCUCCUGCGGUGCCUGUGGACGUGGGGCUGGGAGGUCAGCGCUCCAGCAAUGAGCGAGCCCCUCGAGCAGCUGCUGCACGUCCGGGGCGCCGGAGUGGACAUACACGCUGGGUGCUCAGUGCAGAGGCUGCCUACGCCCCCUGACUUGCGGGCCUCCGACGACAUGAGUGCCGCCCCUGUCCCAUCUCUGAUACCGGGCUGCUGUGGUCUGACAGGCCAGUGACCUGUCCCCUGCUGAGGGCUAUGGGUCGGUGUUGUCCAUUUGGAGAUCUUGGGUGCCCCAGCAAUGCCCUAUCCCUCACUUCCUGUGGCUUGUUAUUAAAUACGUUGGUAA